GGUAACUAUGAAUCAGAUAGGCAGCCUGGCAUAGCUGUAACUGAGUAUAUAAUCUGUCUCAAUUCUUAUACGAAUAUGGACGAACUACCUAAGACGAAACUCCAGAAAUAUUGUAACAUUUAUCCUAUUCACUAUGUCAACUCAAUCUUCCCAGAAGCGAUUUGCCCUACUCGUCGGGGUGGAUCUAUAUCUUGAUGAUAAGUCAGGAACUUCUAGGAUAAAUAACCUAGAGGGGUGCAUCAACGACGUUCAAAUAAUCAAAGAACUUCUUAAUAAAUUUGAAUUUCACAAAUUACGAACUCUUACCUCCUCCCUGUCUUCAGAAAGUCGCACUGCUCCCUGUGAGCCAAGGGAAUGCUGGCCCACAUACGAGAACAUCAAGAAUGAGUUCCUCAAGGUAACUGAGGAGGCCAACGCCGGUGACCUCUUCUUUUUCCAUUUCUCGGGUCAUGGCGCACGAUUGAAAACGGCAUAUGGGUCGUCCGGUGGACGUACGGAUGAUCCAUCUUUACUACCGAUGGACGUCUGUUGUGGCAAACCAGCGGUACGCGGGUGGGAAUUGAACGAUUGGCUACAGACACUGAAUCGAAAAGGAGUUCAGGUCGUUGUCAGUCUAGACAGCUGCUAUUCGGCCGGUGCUUGGAGAAAUGAAGGUUCCCUUCGAAGUCCGACAGACUGGAUACCCCCUCCCAGCCUCUCUAUCGGCGAAGCCGCAACCAGAGGGCCACUGAGUGAGCCAAACAACCGCCAUGGGCAGCUCGACAUAUCUUGGGAUAUCAACCCAGAAAUGUUUACGAUGAUGGCGGCCUGCGGGAGUCAGCAAGCCGCGGCAGAGAAGGCCAUUGGCGGUAGAACAUAUGGUGUAUUUACCCACGCCCUAUGCACUUUCUUCGAGGAAAAUCAAGCAAUCACGACAUAUCCCACAUACCGCACUGUUCACGAUAGCAUAGAGAGACUUAUGUCACCACAGACCCCUCAGUUUUACGGAAGAGUCAGGCUGGCGUUUUUGGGACAACAGGAACCAUUCUCGGUGGCACCUGUUGUAGCUACAGUGGAUCGAAAUAUAGCUACACUUCCAGUUGGAAAGCUUCAUGGGGUCGAGAAGGGAGCAGAAUUCAGGGCUUUCCCACCUACGACUGCGGGUGUUCUCUCAAUAUUUGAAGUUGGCGACGUAGAGAGCAAGGCGAAAUUAUCGUCAGCAUCUGCGACCAAUUUAGUCAAGCUGUUCCCACACCGAUGGAGUUCGGGGAAGAUCUCAAAAGUCUCGGUCCAGGCGAUUCCCCAAUUCCAGAAAACGCUGUACGAAGGCCUAGUGAACAAGAUCGCAAGCGGUGUCGAAGUAGGUGAAGUUGCCAACUUCGAGCAAGAACAUGACCCUAGUGUAUCCAUAUUUAGGCUGGCGAAGACAGCCAAUGGUGGAAUCGACAUUUCUGGGCCGUCGCCACUGAUGGGUUAUGAAGGACCAGUUCGUGGGUUGGAGAUCAAAGGCGAAAGUGAUGACGCGCAAGCGCAAGAGUCAGCGAUCGCGUUAUCGCAUUUGGUUCGCUUCGAGCAGAUUCUCAAGCUUCGGGAUUAUAAGUCCUCAGAGAAACCACCAUUCAAGGUUACCAUCGAAACGUUGGGUGAGAAGAAAAAGUUCAGAUUUGAGAACCAAGAUAAAGACGACCUGCACUUCACUGUCAUAAACUUAGGUCCUGGGUUUCAUAUCGGGCAGUUGUAUCCUGCAGACGACCACCCAAAAACCAUACCUAAAGGCGAGACAGAUUGGUUCUCCUUCUGUUUGUCUGUACCAGACGAGCUUGAACGGGAUGGAACAGGUCACCGUGAUAUUAUUCGUACGGUCGUAACCCGUCACGGGAAGCUUCUGUGCAAAACCUGGGAACUGCCUGACAUUUGGAACGCCAAACAGGCGUUCGGGCCAUGGCACAGCGGUCCAGUCAGAAAGGCGGAGUUAGUUGAGGACGACUUGUGUUGGUGGAUGCAGGAUGACGAAUUCAGGUCUUCCUGAGACAGUGCAUAGAUUUUCGAAGGAAAAUGGCAUAAGGCACCUAGGUACCUAUUGAAUCGGAAAUAUAGAUGGGAUCUCUGUAGAGAAGCGUGCAGGGUGGACUAUAUGAUAGACGUUCACGGGUAGUUUCAUGUUGUUAACCAGUAGGUUAUUAUCUCCUUGAGUUUUUCCUAAUAUUUACAUAGAAGUCUCUAGAAAUUUACUUAAGUUACUCCUUCCGAUUCUGCUCGGACCCGAGC